GCUGGUCAGCACUGACCUCCGAUGUUUCUCAGCACCACCAUCCCAAAAUAACAAGUAACAAAAUAUACUAGUAGCUGUAAAGAAAAGAUUUUUCCAAUCAGAAAUUCUCCUCCUUUUGAUUUGAUUUGUUUUCAGAUCAUAACUUACUAGUUCUUCAUCUCCAUAUUCUUUCACAAUCCACUCGCUACGUUUUCCAACUGUGUGAAUUGAUGAGAAACCAAUUGGGUGAGGAAAAGUGUGUGGAGAAGUCUUGAGGGGAAUUGUGAUUGUUUCAUGGGCAACACAUGCCGUGGAUCUUCCAGGGGCAAAUUUUUCCUUGGCGACAAUCAGCCCGAAGAACAAUCCACUGCUUCCAAUACCAAGCGUAGCACCCCUACUGACCUUUCCGUUUCCGAUACCUCCUCAAAAUCUCAAGAACUAACCAAAGGAAGCCCCAGCCCCAGCCCCAAACCCAAAGACAAGAGUAACAACAAUAAUCUACCCCUCAGUAGUCCUAGAAAAGACAACGCCAUGAGGAGAGGCCAUGAGAACCAAACUUACUAUGUUUUGGGCCAUAAGACUGCCAACAUUCGUGAUCUUUAUACUUUGGGUCAGAAGUUAGGACAGGGACAAUUUGGGACUACUUAUUUGUGCACUGAGAUUUCCACCGGCUCUCAGUAUGCGUGUAAGUCUAUCUCCAAGAGGAAGUUGAUCUCAAAGGAGGAUGUGGAUGACGUUAGGAGGGAGAUUCAGAUAAUGCACCAUUUGGCUGGUCACAAGAACAUUGUGACUAUCAAAGGUGCAUAUGAGGAUCCACUGUAUGUUCAUAUUGUAAUGGAGCUUUGCGCUGGGGGUGAGUUGUUUGACCGGAUCAUCCAGAGGGGACAUUACAGUGAGAGGAAGGCAGCUGAGCUGACAAAGAUUAUUGUUGGGGUUGUUGAAGCUUGCCAUUCACUUGGAGUUAUGCAUAGAGAUCUGAAGCCCGAAAACUUCUUGUUGGUUAACAAGGAUGAUGAUUUCUCACUCAAGGCCAUUGAUUUUGGGCUCUCAGUCUUCUUCAAACCAGGUCAAGUUUUCACUGAUGUGGUUGGAAGCCCAUACUACGUCGCUCCUGAAGUACUCCUCAAGCAUUAUGGACCAGAAGCGGAUGUGUGGACUGCUGGCGUCAUACUAUAUAUUUUGCUAAGUGGCGUGCCGCCAUUUUGGGCAGAAACUCAGCAGGGAAUCUUUGAUGCGGUGUUGAAGGGAUAUAUUGACUUCGAGUCAGAUCCAUGGCCCGUGAUAUCUGACAGUGCAAAAGACAUUAUACGGAAGAUGUUAUGUUCCCGGCCUAAAGACCGCUUGUCUGCUCAUGAAGUUUUAUGUCACCCUUGGAUUUGUGAAAAUGGUGUUGCUCCUGACAGAGCACUAGAUCCAGCUGUACUUUCUCGUCUCAAACAGUUUUCUGCUAUGAACAAGUUAAAGAAGAUGGCUUUGCGGGUAAUAGCUGAAAGCCUUUCUGAGGAAGAGAUUGCUGGGCUGCGAGAGAUGUUCAAGGCAAUGGAUACUGAUAAUAGUGGUGCAAUCACAUUUGAUGAACUCAAAGCGGGGUUGCGAAAAUAUGGCUCUACCAUGAAGGAUGCAGAGAUCCGUGAUCUUAUGGAUGCGGCUGAUGUUGACAACAGUGGGACUAUUGAUUAUGGGGAAUUUAUAGCUGCUACAGUCCAUCUUAACAAACUAGAACGUGAAGAACAUCUUGUUGCUGCCUUCAGAUACUUUGACAAGGAUGGAAGUGGCUAUAUUACAGUUGAUGAGCUCCAGCAAGCUUGUGCAGAGCAUAAUAUGACUGACGUUCUUCUUGAAGAUAUUAUCAAAGAAGUUGAUCAAGAUAAUGAUGGAAGAAUUGACUACGGCGAAUUUGUUGCCAUGAUGCAAAAAGGCAAUGUGAAAGGCCAUAUAGCUAUUGGAAGACGGACUAUGAGGAACAGUUUGAAUUUGAGCAUGAGAGAUGCACCAGGAGCCCUUUAGCUUCCAACUAAACACGUCAGCAGCAUCAUGUAAAGUAUUCUGCUAUUAGACAACAAGUUGGCAGUGUUUAUUGUGGGUUGGACUAUUUGAACCUCUGCAUCCCAUACUCAUACCUUGGCCCAUUGGCAGGUUGUACAGCAAAGCAAGAGGAGAUUUGGUGGUAGAAGUUUAAGAAACAUUUUGCAUUCCUCAACUUCAGUUAGAUUGCUUUAGGACUCUGAAGAUUUGAGUUGGGGCGAUUCAGAAGAUUUGGGUUGUGGAAAUUCUGCUAUUUCUUAUUCUAGAUAGUGAUGCUAUUGUAUUGCUGUAUGACCACAGAACAUGUUGUAAGAUUUGUUGACUCCAGUGUGUGAAAUGUUUACCACUAUUGAAGAUGCUAAUUUUUUUUGUUGUUGUGGUAUUUUCAUUUUAAAAGGUUUA